CAGGUACAGUUGUAAAUCUGGAGUCUCAAGGCGCUUCUGUCCCUGGUUGAGACGGAAAGGGUUGAAACCUGAGGAUCCCCGGGGCUGCCGGAGCUUGUGACUCUCGGCCUGUUUCAGUCUGUUUACUGCUGGACCCGCCCCACUCACCUUGGCCAAUGGCCAAGGCCCUGGUUGCAGCUGGGCCUGGUAGGGAUUGGCUGGCUCAGUCCAGUCCCGGUUCCCCACACAGCUUAGCUUCCGGCGGGUCAGACGCCAGGGACAAAAACGGUUCAGAGAAGAUAGGAGGUCCUAGAAGAAUCGCUGCUCUUGAGCGAAGGAUGCUACAGUUGAGCCUGUCCUGGCUGGGACUGGGGUCCACGGCUGCCUUCCCAUGGCAUCUCCUGUUGCUGGGUGGGGCCUCCUGGAUUCUGGCCCGAAUUCUGGCCUGCAUCUAUGUCUUCUAUGACAACUGCUGCCGCCUUCGUUGCUUCCCUCAGCCUCCUAAACCAAACUGGUUUUGGGGUCAUUUGGGCAUGAUGAAGAGCAAUGAGGAAGGCAUGCAGCUUGCAGCACAAUUGGGCCACUACUUCCGUGACAUCCACCUCUGCUGGAUUGGACCUGUCUACCCUGUCCUGAGGCUCAUCCACCCAAAGUUCAUUGCUCCCCUGCUCCAGGCCUCAGCUGCUGUUGCACCCAAGGAAAUGACUCUCUAUGGCCUGCUGAAGCCCUGGCUGGGGGAUGGGCUCCUGCUGAGUUCAGGUGACAAGUGGAGCCACCACCGCCGCCUGCUGACGCCCGCCUUCCACUUUGACAUCCUGAAGCCAUAUGUGAAGAUUUUUAACAAGAGCGUGAACAUCAUGCAUGCCAAGUGGCAGCAGCUGACCGCCAAGGGCAGCGCCCGUCUGGACAUGUUUGAACACAUCAGCCUCAUGACCUUGGACAGUCUGCAGAAAUGCAUCUUCAGCUUCGACAGCAACUGUCAGGAGUCUCCCAGUGAAUACAUUGCUGCCAUUUUGGAGCUCAGCUCCCUCAUAAUGAAACGGCAGCGCCAGCUCUUCCUGCGCAUGGACUUCCUGUACUACCUCACUGCUGACGGGCGGCGCUUCCGCAAGGCCUGUGACCUGGUGCACGACUUCACAGAUGCUGUAAUCAGGGAGAGGCGCCGCACCCUCCAUAGCCAGGGUGUUGAUGAAUUCGUGAAGGCCAAGGCUAAGUCUAAGACUUUAGACUUCAUUGAUGUGCUCUUGCUGGCCAAGGAUGAACAUGGAGAGGAGCUGUCUGAUGAGGACAUUCGGGCAGAGGCUGACACCUUCAUGUUUGGAGGUCAUGACACUACAGCUAGUGGGCUCUCCUGGACCCUAUACAACCUGGCGAGGCACCCAGAAUACCAGGAGCGCUGCCGGCAGGAGGUGUGGGAGCUGCUGAGGGACCGUGAUCCAGAGGAGAUUGAAUGGGACGACCUGGCCCAGCUGCCCUUCCUGACCAUGUGCAUCAAGGAGAGUCUGCGGCUGCAUCCUCCGGUCACAAUGAUCUCCCGCUGCUGCACCAAGGACGUUGUGCUGCCAGAUGGUCGGGUCAUCCCCAAAGGCAAUGUCUGUGUCAUCAGCAUUUUCGGGGUUCAUCACAAUCCUUCCGUCUGGCCAGAUCCCGAGGUCUAUGACCCCUUCAGAUUUGACCCAGAAACUCCACAGAAGAGGUCGCCUCUGGCUUUUAUUCCCUUCUCUGCGGGGCCCAGGAACUGCAUUGGACAGACUUUCGCCAUGAGCGAGAUGAAGGUGGCGCUGGCGCUCACACUGCUGCGCUUCCGUGUCCUGCCCGACGACAAGGAGCCCCGCAGGCAGCCGGAGCUGAUCCUGCGCGCGGAGGGCGGGCUGUGGCUGCGGGUAGAGCUGCUAAGAACGGGAACACAGUGACCUCCACACCUGGCCUGGUUCCACCCCACCCACUCGCCUACCUCUUUGGAUUUCUGAAUAAGUAGAGCUGUCUUUUAUGCCUGAGCGGUGGCGAGCACCAAUUAAGAAUUUGACCCCAAGAUCCUCACUGUCUCCUGCUGAUGAGUGCUCUCCUGGAGCUCUAGCCUAGACUUCAUCCUAUGAGAGCUACCACAGGUGUUUUGUGUAGGAGAGGGGAACAGUCUUUCCGGCAGAAUUGAGUCUCUGUGGUCAUUGAGGAAAACCCUUAAAUUCACUACUAUUUGGGUAAAGGCUUCAUUCCAGCCCCUGGCUGCCGUAUAUCCAGAGUUUGGAAUGUUCGGAUGGAAGCUCCAAGCCCCCUUCCCUGGUGCUGCCUCAGUCCAGACUCCACCCCUGAGAAAGUCAGCCAAACGAUGACCCCCCCCCCCCCAGAGAUGCUCAAAACCACUCCCACAGGGUAUUAAAAUGCCCCCCAGAGAAUAAACACAUGGGUUUUCAGUCUUCCUUUCCUGUCUCCUCUCUGCGAGGCUAGAAAGCCAUCUGGAGCGUGAUAUCUAUUAAACCUGGGGUUUUUCUAA